UUUAAAUCAGAUUUCGUAAAAUGUUUCCAUCGUGUCUUUGGAUUGUGACCGUCGUGGGAGUAUUUUCCCUGGUUAAUGCAGUAACUUUUGUUAAGAUUGGAAAUCGGUAUUAUUAUAUAGAACCCAGAGUGCAAAAGAACUGGUUUGAAGCCUUUCAAGCUUGUCGUUUAAUAAACGCUGAUCUUGUGGAUUUUGAAUCAUUCGCGGAAUGGCGUUUAGUUGAUCAAUAUCUAUGGGACAACAACAUAGAUAAUGAGUAUUGGACUUCCGGCACCGACUUAGGCAAACAGGGCUUCCAUGUUUGGUUCUCAACUGGAAAGCCAAUCGUACCUAAUAUUUGGAGCCCCGGGGAACCCAACAACAAUGGAGGCAAUGAACAUUGCGAUGAAAUGGGUUACGAUAGAAAAAUAUCAAAUAGUCACAGACUAAACGACAAAAACUGUUAUUAUAAAUUGUUAUUUAUAUGUAAAGCACGUUAAUAUAUCACCUCUAACCACACUUUGUUUAAUAUUCAAAGAAUAAUAAAAAAGAAUAGUUUGAAAAUUGAAAUCAAUUUAGUUUCCAAAAGAUAAGAAAAAAGUUAUGUGGAAGUUGUGUAUGUUUAAUCCCCAAGUAAUACUUGAUUUGAGGGAGGUGAUAAAAUUAAAUGGCAAAAUAUAGCUUAUACUUAUUAUUAAACUUAUUGUAAAAUUGUUUCCAAUAUUUUCCCAUUUGUGGUUAAUCAACACCUUAUCCUUGUUCCUUGAUUAACCUAACAGCAAUGUAGAAACGAUAAGUAAUAAGAAUCAAUUUUAGGACACAACAAUAUCUUUUGACAUUGUAAAAAUUGUUCGGCUAUACAUAGGCGAAGAUGUAACCUCGCGCGUGGAACUACGGCAUGCCUCACCCACAUGGACUGGUACUUUAGCUAAUUACAAGUGUUUCAAGGUAGAUUGAGUAGAUUAUACACAGGGAGUUUCGCUUCAUCAUAUAAGCCAAUACAAAUGAGAAUUGCUCUAUAAAAGAUGAGAAACGAGCCCUUGUUAAAAGUAGUAUCCAAAUGUCCACCAUAUAUUUAAGACUUGUAAUUUUAGUUGGAGUUCUGAUUUCAUUGUCAGAAGCUAAAAACAAAAAAAAAAAAAUUAACGUCAGAGACGCGACUACAGUCAGUGACGCCCCUACCGUCAGUGGCGAUGGGGCUAGCACCGUCAGUGCGGACGACGAGGCCGAUGGGGAUAGCACCGUCAGUGGCUAUGCGGCUUCUACCCUCAGUGCCGUCACAGCCGUAACGCUACCUAUGAUGAUGGUAAACUAUGAUAAGAUCGGCAAUAUUAAGGGAGCCUUUCUACUGUGGUUUUAUACGCACAAGGAAUGGCGUAUGCUUGAUGAAUAUCUGUGGGAUCACAUCUUGGAUAACCGCUAUUGGACAUCUGGAACUGAUAAUGCCUACCUCAACCGUAAACAUUACUGGUUUUCAACAGGAAAGCUCAUAGCUAUGAAUAUAUGGCAUAAAGGACAGCCGGGCAAUUCAGGAAAGGAACAUUGCGAUGAAAUUGGUUACGAAAGGGAAGCUUCGAGUAGUCACAGAUUAAAUGACGAGAUGUGCACUGAGAAAAAGUUAUUUAUAUGCAGAUGGGAUUGGCCGAUACUGCAAAAAGAACCUGCAAAAAGAACUUUGUGAAGAAAAAAAUUGACUUAAAUGGGUUUGCCAGACCAAACAAAACACAAAAAAAAAGAUCGCUUUUCUAUCAUCUCUCACUAACUGGGUAUAUAUACUUUCUUAUGUUUAUAUAAAAGCGGACGGCACUCCGCUAGGUGUAGACACUAUCACUGUGGACGGUAGUCCACGAGGUGACAACCUGCAUGCCUUGGUGUGCGCGAGGAGACUCUGUUUAUAGCCGAAGAAUUCAAAAUUUUUUGCAUCCGAUCUGAAUGAAUUAUAUACCAAUCGAAAGGUAUUGUUUUCAUUAUAUAAUUUUAAAACAUUUUCCAAAAGUCGUUUGGAGAAAUAAGGGCGAAAGUAAACAAAUUUUGAAUCAAUAAGUUAAGAAUAUUUUUCUUCUAAAGACGCGUCGAUUGGUACCUCAACCAAACCCGACAUUUCGCUCAGAAGUUAUUCAAGAAAUUCGAUUUUUUUAAUACAGCUCUUUCUAAAUGAAGGAAGUUUGCCCCUCUGUUGGUUUGCACUAUUUUAUUCUUGGCAAUCCUGAAAAAAAUUAGAGAUGUUUGUUACUAAAAUAUAAAUAACUUUUGUUUUAACACUUUUUAAAACAUCUACAUAAAAAUAAAAACUGAA